GGAAGACCUGGAAUAACUUUCCAAGUCUACUCUUAAGUCUUAAAUAAGCAAUGAGUUACUAGUAUACUAUAAAUCUAUUACAGUCCAUACGCUUCUACAAGGAUUCAAUCAAUCAGAUUAUUCGACCAUCAUGUUAGCCUUCAAUUUACCAUUCUUUUUUGUGCUCCUCUUCUCUACCACCAGCUCACAACCCUACAUACCCACUGAUCACUUCUUCCUCAGCUGCGGUUCAUCCACAGCUACAAAUUCAACUUAUGAACAGGGGUCUUGGGAUGGUGACGAACAUUCCAAAUUUGUGCCUUCCAACAUCACCACCACCUCCUUCUCAUCCAUCCCCGACAACCUUGAUCCUUCUGUCCCCCAAGUCCCUUAUUCCACUGCUCGAAUUUUUAACACUUGUUCAUUUACCUACACUUUUCCUGUCUCCUCCCAAGGCCCCAAAUAUCUCCGUUUACAUUUCUAUCCUGCCACUUAUUCCGGUCUCCACACCGAACAAUCUUUCUUCUCCGUAUCAUCCAACGGAUACUCUCUUUUAACCAACUUCAGCGCUUUCCUGGCUGCCUCCUUUAUGGCAAAGUCUAAUGUUGUAAAAGAAUUCCUCAUCUAUGUAAAAGAUACACAAAUCUUAAAUGUUACUUUUACACCCUCACCCAACGCAUACGCCUUCAUAAAUGGUAUUGAAAUUGUUUCAAUGCCUGAACAUUUGUAUUUUAAUGCCAAGAUGCCGAAAUACGUUAAUGGGUAUACAGGACCCUUUAUUAAUAUGGACACGGCGCUUGAGAAUGUUUACAGGCUAAACAUGGGUGGAGGAGAAAUACCUGGUAACGAUGAUACUGGUAUGUACAGGUCAUGGGAGCAAGAUAAUAACUACUUAUAUGGAGGUACCAUUGGGUUGACGUCUCUUUAUAAUAAUCCAAUCAUGUAUACUACUGAAACGCCCAAUUAUACCGCUCCUGAGACAGUUUAUCAAACCCAGAGGAGUAUGGGCAAUCAGUCUGACAAGUACAAUCUGACUUGGAUAUUUCCUGUUGAUUCUGGGUUUUAUUACAUGCUCCGCCUCCAUUUUUGCAACAUCAUACCACAAUACACAGAGAAAGGUGAUGUGCGUUUUAGAAUUUUUAUCAACAAUCAAACAGCUGAGCAGUAUGCUGAUGUAUUCCGCUGGACUCAAGGUAGUGGGUAUCCUGUAUACAAGGAUUACAUUGUGUUUGUCAACGAUACUGAUGGCCACCGAAGCAUCCAAGAUUUGUGGCUAGCGAUGCAUCCUAAUCCCAGUCAUGAAGAAUCUGGUGAUGCUUAUUUGAACGGUUUGGAAGCAUUCAAGCUGAGUGUGAACGGUAAUCUUUCAAGCCCAAACCCGGAACUUAGUCCUGAUCACCUACAGCCAAGCGUUUUGUCGGCCACAAAAGGGGAGAAGAAGAAUCCACCAUUUUCCACAAUUUUUGGAGUUGUUGGAGGAUGUUUAGUCUUGCUACUGUCUAUUUUAAUUCUUUUAGUAUUUCGACGACAAAGGCGAGUAAAACACCUUAGCACCACUAAGUCAUCAUGGGGUCAAACUUCUAGUGAUACAAUACUUCGCUGCCGUCGUUUUACACUACAAGAAGUCAAAAUGGCUACAGAUGAAUUCAAUGACAAUUGUAGCAUUGGUAGUGGAGGUUUCGGUAAGGUGUACAAAGGGUACAUGGACAACGCUACAACAAUCGUAGCAAUCAAACGCCUCAACCCUUCAUCUAGCCAGGGUCCUCAUGAAUUCUUAACAGAAAUAUCGCUAUUGUCUAAAAUAAGUCAUGUCCAUCUAGUGUCCAUGAUUGGAUAUUGUGUAGAGGAUGGAGAGAUGUUACUUGUCUAUGAUUACAUGGCCCACGGGACUCUACAAGAACAUCUCUACAACACGAGCAAACCUCCACUGUCAUGGAAAAGACGUCUUGAUAUUUGCAUUGGCGCAGCCAAAGGCUUGAAUUAUCUCCACUCUAUGGAAAAGCGUGCAAUAAUUCAUCGGGACGUCAAGUCCACAAAUAUCUUACUGGAUGAGAAUUGGGUUGCUAAGGUGUCUGAUUUCGGUUUGUCAAAGCUAGGUUCAAAAGAUCCAUCAAAAACACAUGUCAGCACGCUGGUGAAGGGAAGUUUUGGGUACAUCGAUCCUGAAUAUUGCCGGACCAAACAACUGACGGAGAAGUCUGAUGUGUACUCAUUUGGAGUGGUUCUUUUUGAGGUGUUAUGUGCAAGACCUGCUAUCGUUCAACGAGUGAGAGACGAGCAAGUGAAUUUGGCAGAAUGGGGUAAGAAUUGCCAUCGAAAGGGAACCUUGGAAAAAAUCAUUGAUCCAAAACUAAGUGGUGAGAUUGCUCCUCGGUGUUUGAGGAAGUUCGGAGAGGUGGCGAGUAGUUGCUUGCAUGAGGUAGGGAGUGAGCGACCUGCAAUGGAAGAGGUGGUUUGGGGACUAGAGUUUGCAUUGGAACUACAAGAAGCUGCUGAGGAAACUGAUGGUGAUCAUGUGUAAACUGUAAAGUGAACUAUUUAUUUUCACAUAAAUACCGUAUUAUUUCAUACUUAUGUAAUAACUAAACUUGUCAAAUACUCAAUAAAUUGUUUAUUAGGAUUUCACAAAACAAAAUAGAUGUCUAAA